AUUGUUUUACUACAAAAGGAAAACCCAUCAGUGAUCUGUGAGUACAUAAGGUUUCAGGUGGGGCAGCAUAAAGUGAAGAAAAUGUUUCUGGCGGUUCUUUUCGUUAUUGGAAGCUUUGCAUUUUUAGAGGUGACAGGUAAUUAUGCCAGUCAAACCUUGGAGGCUCACAACAGAUAUCGUCGCACUCACGAAGCCGGUCCGUUGCGACUGAAUCAAGCAAUGAGUAGUAACGCUGCUGGCUAUGCUCGCACACUUGCUAGAACCGGUAGAUUUAAGCACUCUCCAAAGAGUUCUCGGACUGACAGAACGAAUGGUGAGAACCUCGUGUACCGGUGUAGUUCAUAUGAUGAACCACUGCCUGCUAAACAAGCYGUCAAGCAACUGUAUGAUGAAGUCUGCCAGUACAACUUCAACAGACCUGGGUUUUCGAUGGCUACUGGGCAUUUCACUCAGCUUAUCUGGAAGGCCUCAACUGAGCUCGGCGUCGGCACAGCCACAAAACGCAAAGGUCGAAUGAAUUGCCUAUACGUGGUAUUCAGGUACAAGAGAGGGGGUAAUGUACCGCGUGCUUAUGAAACGAAUGCUGUACGUGGUUCGUUUAGGCGAAGUUACUGCGAUACCCUCGCUAAAAAAGACGAGCCAGAACAGAUGUACGACGAAAAUUAACUAGGAUAUACUGAUCAAUCCCAAGAGGAACAUGAUUGAAAUAAAAAUAUGGAUGAUAGAUAAUAAAGCAUAUUGAAUCAGACUCACUUUGGCUUUAUAACACUG